AAUCACAAUGGGCUUGAGUUUUGGAGAUCAGCAGGGGCGUACCAUGACAAUAGUAAUAGGAAACACGAUCCAAUAGCUAUAAUCGGGUCUCAGGUCAGCUUCGACGUGCGGAUCAGAAUCCGUUCAGAGACAUACAAAAGAGCAGGAUCCCGAAGGAUCGUCUGCUCGACCCCCUGCAAUGCCAUUUCGAAGAAUACCAGGGGUGUAGGUUGAUGAACGUUGGUCGCUCAAUCCGGACCAGAAGCAGAAGAGGACUCAGCUUAGCUCCCCGCGAGGUUCGAUGGGGUGAGGACGGGGAGGCGGCCUUGCUGCCUUGGCGCAUGCCGCAUGCCGCUUUAGCUUCGCGAAAGGGACAGCUCGCCGCAACUCCUCCGACAAUGAGACCGGCGGCACCUCUUCACUUGGAUACUUUUUUUUUUCUGGCGAUCUACAGUGCCUUUCAAACCACUAUCCAUUUUCUGAAUACUUGUUGACUCUUAUAUAAUCGCUACCAUACCCAUCGAGACCAGAAUAACU